UCUCAAUCACACUCCAGUUCCCUCUUCAGACUUCACGCUUUCCACUCAAAAUGGCUGUUAAAUAUAUCGAAAAGGUUACGAUCGUUGGGGCUGGAGGACGAAUCGGCAGGGCGUUCGCGGAGAACCUUGUCAAAACCGGGCGACACACGGUGACGGCGCUGAGCCGCAAAGGCAGCAACAGCACGCCGAUUGACGGCGUCAAGGUCGUGCCCGUCGACUACGAUGACGAGGAGUCUCUGAUCUCCGCCCUGCGCGGCCAACAAUUCCUCAUCAUCACGCUGUCGGUGCGGGCGAAGAAGGAAGUGCAUACCCAAAUUGUCACGGCCGCGAGUAAAGCCGGCGUGCCGUACAUCAUGCCCAACAUUUUCGGAGGCGACGCUGCCAACGCCAACGUCCUCAAUGACCCCGUCAUCGGCACCUUGUACCAGGAGCGCAUCGGCGAGGUCGAGAAAUCCGGCAGCGCGUAUGUCGUGCUGGUCUGCGGGCAGUGGUACGAGUGGUCUCUCGCGCUGCCGAAGCCGUGGUUUGGAUUCGACAUCCGUCAGCGGGAGGUCACAUUCUACGACGACGGCAAGACGCGGGUGAACGUCAGCACGUGGGAUCAGUGCGGCCGCGCAGUCGCUGCGCUGCUGAGCCUGCCGGAGAAUGGGGCAUCUCCUUGCGUGGCGGAUUGGAAGAAUCGGCAGCUCUACGUCUCCAGCUUCAAGGUCAGCCAGCGGGAUAUGCUCGACAGCCUGAAUCGCGUGCUGGGGACGACGGAUGGGGAUUGGAAGAUCGACUACGAAGCGACGGACAAGCGGUAUCAGCGCGGUCUCGCGGCGAUGAAGGCAGGGGAUCGGUCUGGCUUUGCGACGGCAUUGUACGCCAAAGCUUUCUUCCCCAACGGAGAUGGGGAUCUCGAGGGAAAGGGAGUGCUGGACAACAAGACCCUCGGUUUGCCGCAGGAGGAUCUGGAUGAGAUCACAAGGAGGACGGUGCAGAUGGUGAAAGAGGGGUUCGUGGAGAAGACGUUUGCCGAGCUUUCGGGAUGAGGCUCGAAGAGAGGAUGCCGUGUUUGGUGCAUAUAACGUAGAAGCAUGGGUUCUAUGUGAUUGAUAUACAUCUUACUAGGCCGCAGGCGGCGGCAUCACUUGCUGCUCGCACCGUCCGAACUAGACUUGCUUUCCAUUCCAUCCGGACGAAACUUGCUUUUCACACCGUCCGAACUAGACUUGCUUUUCACACCCUCCGGACGAGACUUGCUGCUCGCACCGUCCGAACUAGACUUGCUUUCCAUUCCAUCCGGACGAAACUUGCUUUUCACACCGUCCGAACUAGACUUGCUUUUCACACCCUCCGGACGAGACUUGCUGCUCGCACCGUCCGAACUAGACUUGCUUUUCACACC